AUGUACUCCAGUGAUGCUGGUAAUAGGCCCACCACAGCAGGUGCUCAGGGCAGACCUGUAGACGUGUCUGGUUCCAAGGCCAAGGACAGUCUAAAGGUGCUCCUGGGAAGCCAAGAACCAGUGCUUGGCACUCAUAGCCUGCAAGUUUAUCCUGGAAUUCAAAAUGAAAAACAGUCCCAUGAGAAGCGGUGGAGGAUUUUUCGCAUUCUAGAUGCAGCAAGUAAGAAUAAACGGGGUUCUCCAAACAUUAAUCCAGGCGCCAACUCUCCAUCAUCCGCAAAGGCCGGGAACGCAUCUAAGAGUGGGAAGAACUUCCACUACAUCACCAUCCUCCGAGACCCAGUGUCCCGGUACUUGAGCGAAUGGAGGCAUGUCCAGAGAGGCGCAACGUGGAAAGCAUCCCUGCAUGUCUGUGAUGGAAGACCCCCCACCUCGGAAGAGUUACCCAGCUGCUACACUGGCGAUGACUGGUCUGGCUGCCCCCUAAAAGAUUUCAUGGACUGUCCCUAUAAUCUAGCCAACAACCGCCAAGUGCGCAUGCUCUCUGACCUGACCCUAGUAGGCUGCUACAACCUCUCUGUCAUGCCUGAGAAGCAGAGAAACAAGGUCCUCCUGGAAAGUGCCAAAACGAAUCUGAAGCAGAUGGCGUUCUUCGGCCUCACUGAGUUUCAGCGAAAGACCCAGUAUCUCUUUGAGAAAACCUUCAACAUGAACUUUAUUUCGCCGUUUACCCAAUACAAUACCACUAGGGCCUCUAGUGUAGAGAUCAAUGAGGAAAUCCAAAAGCGGAUUGAGGGACUAAAUUUUCUGGAUAUGGAAUUGUACAGCUUUGCAAAAGACCUCUUUUUGCAAAGGUAUCAGUUUAUGAGGCAGAAGGAGCAUCAGGAAGCUAGGCAGAAGCGUCAGGAACAACGCAGAUUUCUGAAGGGGAGGUUCCUUAAGACUCAUUUCCAGAAUCAGGGUCAGAGCCAGAAUCCGAGUCAGAAUUCGAGUCAGAAUUCGAGUCAGAAUCCGAGUCAGAAUUCGAGUCAGAAUCCGAGUCAGAACCGAAAUCUGAAUGCCAGUCAGAACGUGACUCAAAAUCUGAUUCAGAACCUGAUUCACAAUUCGAGCCAGAAGAAGAAGAACCGUGAAAACCAGAAGCAGAACCCAGGCCAAGGGAAGAGUGAUGGCAGCACCAGCAAUGGCACCAAUGACUACAUAGGCAGUGUAGAGAAAUGGCGUUAAGUGGCUCUCCACGGCCUUUGCACACUUUGUCCCAAAGCGCCAGUAGAAAUAUGGCAGAUCUUAAAACAUGAGAGUUUCCAAACAAAUACUGCUUCCUUAAGUUUGGAAGUUAAAGAAAAAAGUAAAGAUGUUGCCUUUACAGUUGCCUUUCAAUUAAAUGUUAUACUGUGCGUGGGCAAAACAACUCUCAGUAUGUAAUUAAAUUGUCUCCUUUUGGUUUGUUGGAGUAUUUAUAAAAUCCAAAAACCAAACCAGACUUGCCAGAAAUGGCUAUUUCGAUAUUUUAAGAAGUGCUUAAAUUAGUCACAGAGACAAAAUGAAAACAUAAAAUGUGGCCAUUCAACUUAUGGCUAAGAAACGGACUCCAAAUUAUUCAUGAUACACUGUUAAAGCUCAAUCUUGAAGGCAAACAUUUAUUUCAAGGGGUAAGCAUGAAUAUAAACAUUAAAAAAACCCUAAAAUUGACCAUGAAACCUUUUAGUUUCUUCUGAUUUUGCCAAGGAAUCUAUUUAAAUGGCAUAAGAACUGAUCGUAAAUCUUACCAUACCAUAAGAAAUGAAGAUUUUUCUGUCCCAAACGCGGGUAGUUUUAUGUAAAAACAUUGGCUUUUCAAGUAGAACGGGAUUCGUAUCUUGUUAUUUAAGAUAUGCUUAGAAUUUUCAACUUUUUCUACCUUCUACUAUCUAAAGGUUUUCAACAGGGUGUAUCUCAUAGUCAACAAAAACACUUUUCUCCCAAAUGGAAUACCAGCGUAAGGAUCGAAUUUUCAGACACUUUCUGGGCACUGUAAUUUCAACAAUUCUGGAAUUUUUUGGCGCUGCUUCUCAUUCAUUUUAAGGCUUCUCUGAGUUGUGCUCAUUCCAAAAUGACCCAUUUAUAGAAUCUUUCUUCAUAAUCUAAAUGGUGUGUUGCUGAGUUUCUUGUGAUACAUAAUCCUGGAUUAAAGUCAGGACUUCCUUUCUAUGGAAUUGUCUUAUCAAUGUUUGUGUAGUGAGGUCCUUAUCAAGAAACUCUUGAACAGGAUAACGUGUCUAAAAAUAUUGCUGAAGUUAUUCUUGAUCAGAUAUAAUUGAACCUGAAUAUGAGUGAAUUGUUAUUGACUUUUUGUACAUUUUUAUUGUACCGUUUCCAGUUGGGCUGGCUAUUUCUAGCUCAUUUGUUCUUUUUUUUGUGUGUUGACAGAUUGUAGACAAUUACAAAAGGGGGAAAACGAUAGAAUAAGCAUCAGGAUAGCCAGUUACUCAGUAACACCAAAAGCUGUCCCUGGAUAAUUUGGGUAACCCCCUACCAGGCUCUGUUUUCAGAAGGAACAAAGAGAAAGAGUGCUCUGUGGUGAGGGCACAUAGCAGGUGCAUAUGCAUUGAGGAGACUGAUUUCAUAUUGUUAAGUCUCUGCACAAAUACUUUUAAGGUAUCGGUUAUGAAUAGAGCAGGACAAGAAGGAGCAUGUCCCCCACUGUGCUGGCAAGCAUCAGGAUUCUGGGAAGUUUCCAUUUUAUGGGUUUUGCUAUACUUUUGUAAGGACUUACACUAACCCCCUGCUGCCAACCCAACAAGACACUUGGAAGUGGCAUUUAUGUUUUCAGGACUGACGUGCUGCUUAGAAGUGUGAGGAUAAAGUCACAUCUCAUACAGUCUGCUGCUUAUUUGCAUGAUCUGGUUUCAUCUGUAAUACUGUGGCCACGAGCCGGACAAGGAGCUGAGUAUUUGGGUUUAAAAAUAAAUGUUCUUGACUCUGAGCUGUAUCUAAAGUUUCUUUUGUCUGACAGUGUUGCAGUCCUGGGAAUUUGGAGAACUGAAAAACUGAAAGGAAUUUGCUUAAAACCCAAACACACCUUGAAGUCCAUGGGUUUUCAAGUGAAACUAUUUUGUGUACGUUGUAUUUUUAAUAUAAAGAUCCUGUAGAUCACUGUGGUUAUUUCAGUUUUGUUUAGUUUCAAUUGACAAUUUUUGCUCUUAAAACUGAGAGGUACUGCUGGAAAGCAGGAUGAAGCCGGAGCCAGUGGAAAAGCUUGUUACAGAAAAACAUUCUGUGUUAUAUUGCUGUGGUGUGCAUGGCUUGCAGAGAUUAAGUGCAUUUUCUCUGUCUAUACUGAUUAUUAUAUAUAAGGGAUGUGAUAAAUACACAUUUUUGUCAUUAUCAUAUAAAUCCCAUGAUUUCAACUGUAAACAUCUGUCCAAUGAUGUAGCUUUACAAACUAUUUGCUGAUUUUGUGUAAUUUAACAAUAGAUAUGAAAUAAAGUUUAAAUUACAGACUCUGA